AUGUGCAGCAAAUAUGACUGCGGAGAACCGGUGCUAUCGGUGUCGGACCCGGCGCUCAUCAAACAGAUUUUGGUGAAAGAGUUUCACGUAUUUCACAACAGAUUUAAUCGUGUAAUUAAAGUAAUCGAUGCCAAGGGUUUGGUGAACGCCAGGGAUGGCGACUGGAAACGGAUCCGACUCAUAGCCAGUCCCGCAUUCACGUCAAGUAAACUCAAACGCAUGUAUCCACUCAUCGACGAGUGUUGCGGCGACUUCUUGGCCGCACUCGACCGGCACGUGUCCGCCAGCGGCCGCACGAAAGUGGACUUUAAGCGAGUGACGGGCGCCUAUGGCUUGGAUGUGAUCGCACGGACAGCGUUCGCCACCAAAUGCAACCCCUAUUCAUGCGAUACAAGCGAUCCGUUUGUCAUGAAAGCUGAGCUCAUUUCCGGCUACGAAACGCCCCAUAUAUGGCGCGACAUUUUGCCAAUGAUUUUACCCACUUUUGUAAUCAACAAUCGGUUGUGGAAAUGGUUGGCCACAAUCGGCAGCGGCGGCGGUGGCGGCGCAAUGGACCCCAAGUUCUUCAAUAAUGUCAUCAAACAUCUGAUAUCUGAGCGCAAAGAGUCGGUCGACAAACACAACGAUUUCCUACAGUUGUUGAUAGACGUGGAGAGAGAGGACAACACCAACACUACGACGACUACGGGUGCGGACUCUGUGGCCACCGAUGCGUCCGAAGGACAUCACGUCAAUGAAGGCGUCGACGAACUGAUGGCAGAGAAACGGGCGUUGAGUGGAGUCGUGGAGAAGCGGUUAACCACCGAUGAAAUUGUCGCCCAAUGCGACAUAUUUUUUAUGGCCGGCUAUGAAACCACGGCAUCCACUCUGUCGUACUGUACGUACGAAUUGGCACUCAAUCCCGAUAUUCAGGACCGGUUGGUGGCGGAGACCAGAGCGGCGUUUAAUGAAACCACGGGAGACAUAGACUACGACACCCUUUGCCGACUCCCACUCCUCGACGCCGUUAUAUCGGAAACGCUUCGCAAAUAUCCGCCGGUAAUUGAAAUUAGUAGAGAGGCCUCGAAGGACGUGGUGUUGAGCGCCGGUAGCGGUGGACCGACGGUAAUGAUCGAGAAAGGAAUGAUGGCUCACAUCCCGGUGUAUGCCAUACAUCACUCGCCCGACAACUAUCCCGAUCCCGAGGCCUUCAAACCCGACCGCUUUUUGCCCCAUAAUCGUAGUCAAAUCAAACCCUAUACGUACUUACCCUUUGGCUCCGGACCCCGUAAUUGCGUUGCUAUGCGUUUCGCACUGCUCGAGAGUAAACUAGCCUUGGUGAAAAUGAUACAACAAUUCCGGUUCUAUAGGGUGCCCAACACCGAAGUGCCCAUUCGUUUCCGGAAACGUCGCCUACUAUUACAGGCAGAGAGUGUUGUUGUGGGCGUCGUUCAGCGUUAG